GGCUGCACGGCAGCAGGGGAGCGGUUUGGCGGAGACACAGGGCCACCCAGAGGCCGUCGCGAUGCUCCCCUCCUUGCAGGAAUCGCUGGAUGGAGAUGAAAAGGAGCUAGAGAGUAGCGAGGAGGGAGGCUCAGCCGAGGAGCGGAGACUCGAGCCGCCGUCCAGCAGCCACUACUGUCUUUACAGCUACCGCGGAAGCAGAUUGGCACAGCAACGAGGGGACAGUGAUGAUGGAAGCCCAAGUGGCACAAAUGCAGAAACUCCCUCUGGUGAUGAUUUCAGCCUCUCCUUGGCGGAUACUAAUCUACCAUCCGAAGUGGAGCCAGAGCUGCGCAGUUUUAUUGCUAAGCGUCUUUCAAAAGGUGCAGUCUUUGAAGGGCUGGGUAAUGUUGCAUCUGUGGAGCUGAAAAUUCCAGGUUACCGAGUUGGUUGUUAUUACUGCCUUUUCCAAAAUGAAAAAUUGCUUCCUGAAACAGUAACGACAGACUCUGAACAUAACCCUUCAGAAUAUGUGGUCUGUUUUUUAGGAGGGUCUGAAAAAGGACUUGAGCUUUUCAGGCUUGAAUUGGACAAGUACAUUCAAGGGCUGAAAAAUAACAUGAAUUGUGAGGAAAGGGGCCUGGAGAGUCACAGAAAGUCCUAUCUGAGCAGCUGGUUUGAGGAUGUUGUAUGCCCAAUCCAAAGGGUUGUUCUUCUCUUUCAGGAAAAGCUUACCUUUCUGCUACAUGCUGCUUUGAGUUAUACUCCUGUUGAAGUUAAAGAAUCAGAUGAAAAAACAAAGAGAGACAUUAACAGGUUUCUGAGUGUGGCCAGUCUUCAAGGACUUAUUCAUGAAGGCACCAUGACUUCUUUGUGCAUGGCCAUGACAGAGGAGCAGCAUAAGUCUGUGGUCAUCGAUUGCAGCAGCUCCCAGCCUCAGUUCUGCAAUGCAGGAAGUAACCGGUUUUGUGAGGAUUGGAUGCAAGCUUUUUUAAAUGGUGCUGAAGGAGGUAACCCUUUUCUUUUCCGACAAGUACUGGAGAACUUUAAACUAAAGGCCAUACAAGACACAAACAAUUUGAAGAGAUUUAUCCGACAGGCAGAAAUGAAUCAUUAUGCUUUGUUUAAAUGUUACAUGUUCCUAAAGAACUGUGGUAGCGGAGAUAUACUUUUGAAGAUUGUUAAAGUGGAACAUGAAGAAAUGCCUGAAGCCAAAAAUGUGGUAGCUGUCCUUGAAGAAUUCAUGAAAGAAGCUCUUGACCAAAGUUUUUGAUCAUAUGUUUUCAGAUAAUUGUAUGAUCAAGUGAUAUAUUUAAGUCUUAGUGUUUGAAAUUGCAGUUAUAAUUGUUCAUAGGAUUGCUAUUUAAGAUGAUUUGAAACUCAAUCCAGAUUUUCUUUUCAUAUUUUACCAAUUUAACUUAAACAAAAAUCUGAGGAACAUCUUCAAAUGAGUCCUGGACAGAUGCGUAUGUGAGAGUUGUGGAAUUUUCUUCACUGAGUCCUGGACAGACGCGUAUGUGAGAGUUGUGGAAUUUUCUUCACUGAGUCCUGGACAGACACGUAUGUGAGAGUUGUGGAAUUUUCUUCACUGAGUCCUGGACAGACGUGUAUGUGAGAGUUGUGGAAUUUUCUUCACUGAGUCCUGGACAGACGUGUAUGUGAGAGUUGUGGAAUUUUCUUCACUGAGUCCUGGAUAGACGCGUAUGUGAGAGUUGUGGAAUUUUCUUCACUGAGCCGUAGGUAGAUACGUAUGUGAGAGUUGUGGAAUUUUAGUGUCUCACUGGCCCCAUAAAUUCCAGGCUUCAGGAAGCUGUUGCUUAAAAAAUUUCAGAGAUGAUUUUGUUUGUGGCUUUUCUCAGGAAAAGCCUGAGUCUGCUGCAGUAUUUAGCAACCUUUCUUAGAAAAACCAUAAUACUUCCUUUUCAAUGGGUUGUAGCUUUAAAAAAAAAAAAAAAUGUAAUCCUAGUCUUA